AAAAAAUUCAACCCCGCUUUCCAUUGUCUUUCAUUUCAUCCCUUCAGCCCGUUAUAUUCAGGAAUCUUGUUAAAUAUCCUGCACUGUCUAGAAAGAUUCUAAAGAACAUGUUACUUUUACGAAUGCUCAUAAUAGCUUGUGCUGUGAUAGUACCCAUUUGCGCAACACCCGUCAGGGAGGAACUAGAAGGAGAUGGAUGGCGAGCCGUAAGAGAUUUAGAAGAGGGCGGGAUAAGACGACGUAUUCCGGGGCCGAGGAAAGCCGUUUUCGAAGGAUCCGACCCGGCGAAUCCAUACCAUGACGAGCCGGAGCUCACCGAUUUAACAUCUUUCGGCAAUCAAGCAUCCCGAUCAGCGGGUCAUAAUCGUAAUCAAUUGACGCAGACCGACCGCCCAUCAAAUACUGAACUGCUUUGGCAUUACGGAAAACCAGUAAUCGGUAACCUGGCAGCAUUGGCCACCCUCAUGAAUUAUUGGCCCGAGCUCUUUGGGACUCGUAAAGACUUAUCUGUCUUUGUCUCUCCCGGCUUCUUCCUCUCUAUCGGACCUAGUAUCUCUUGCUUUUUGAUCAAUCGCUUCCGUUAUAACCGUGUAUUAAAACGUUGGGAUUGAUAGUGGAGUGGCUGAAGUUUUCAAGCUUGUGUUAACUUCCGUGGUUUCUAUUUCUUCUUUUAGAGUGCCUUUCUUGUCAUUUAUCCAUUCUAAUUUAUCAA